AUGCCUGAUAUCAGUGAAGUAUUAGAUGAGAAAAGUCUCAUGGCAAUGAGCCGGUUUCACCCAAAUGAAGUAGGAAACACUUACUUUGAAUUUAGUCCUGGAAAUAAUAAUUAUUCAUUAACUUACAGCCUUUACGAUGAAAAUGAUAGAGUCAUUAACUCGACAACUUUAACUACUCAAAUCAAUGCAAAUGACUGGCUUAAUAGCAUGGUAGAGGAAAUCAACAAGGAAAAUGAAGAGCUUGAGAAUGCCGAUCAAGUUAGUACAGAAACAGAGACGACAGCUAUUGUAUCACAUGAAGCCACAGUCAGACUAAGUAGUACAAGUUUUGACACAUUUGGCGAAAAUGUUACCAAUGAGCUUUUGAAAUGA